AUGGAGUCCGUCAUUCUGGAGGAGGAGGUUGACGCGAAUUAUGAGCCGACGGAAGAAGAGAUUUUGGAGUACGCGCGGUGGCUGGGAAUGGAGCUUCCGGGGGAGGAAGAGCUGCUGUGGGUGGCGCGGCAGGGGCUGAAAUCACCUCUGCCGCCCAACUGGAAGCCCUGUGGCACGGAGGACGGGGAGAUCUACUAUUUCAACUUCCAGACGGGCGAGAGCGUGUGGGAGCACCCCUGUGACGACCACUACCGCGCCGUCUACCACCAGGAGAAGGACAGGCUGCUUCUUGCACGCGGCGCUCCACCCCCUGCUGCUGCCAGUGGUGCUAGUGGUGGUGGUGGUGGUUCUGCUGCUGCUUCUGCUCGUGCUGCUGCAGCUGGAGGUGGGAGCCGCCAGCAGAAAGGGUCACCUGCACGCGCCCACGCCCAGCAGUCGCAGCUAAGGCCUCAGCAGCAGCAGCAGCUAAACCAGCAGCAACGCCAGCAGCAGCAGCAGCAGCAGCAACGCCAGCAGCAGCAGCAGCAGCAGCAAUGCCAGCAGCAGCAGCAGCAGCAGCAGCAACCAACAGCACGAAGCUCAGCCAGUAAAGAUUCGGAGAAGCUCCUACACCAAACCUCCUGGUCCCCCGAACCUCGCUCGGUUCAGCAGUCAGCCGCGGAUGCCAGCCUGGCUCGGGCAGGCUCCGUGCCUGCGGUGACGAAUGGCGCGAAAGGUCUUCCUGCUGAAUCUGAGGAGGAGGAGGAAGGAUUGGUUACCGCUAGCACUAGUGGUAACCCGGUUACCGCUGCUGAUGGUAACCCUGUUGUGGCACGUGUGGGUGGUGCUACCUCUGCUGGAGGAGAAGCAGCAGGAGGGAGAGAGGAGGGGAAGGGGAGGCGGAGGUCGUUGGAUGGGGCAGGGGAAUUGCGAGGAAUGGAACGAGGGGAGCAAGGAGGAGGGGAGCGAGGAGGAGGGGAGCGAAGAGGAGAGCGAGGAGGGGAGCGAGGAGGAGGGGAACGAGGAGGAGGGGAGCGAGGAGGGGGAGGUGUCAGUGGGAGCUUCAAAAGAGCCGAGAGUGGAAGUGGAGGUUCAAAAGCCGUGCUUCGUCUUGGUCCUGCUGGUGGUGAUGCUCCCAGAAUCGGGGGCAGUGGGAGCUUCAAGAGGGUUGAUAGUGGCGAUGCUAACGCGAAGGCCAUGCUUAAAACAGAAGGAUCAGGAGGGAGUGAGAAAUUCAAGAGGGCUGAUAGUGCCGAUGGUAGUGCGAAGGGCAUGUUUAAGGCGGAGGGAGUAAGACUAGGAGGCAGUGGGAGCUUCAAGAGGGCUGAUAGUGCCGAAGCCAGUGUAAAGGGCUUGCUUAAAGCAGACGGAUCAGGAGGGAGUGAGAAAUUCAAGAGGGCUGAUAGCGCUGAUGCUUGCGCGAAAGGCUUGCUUAAAGGCAAGGAUGUGAGACGCGGAGGGAGUGGGAGCUUCAAGAGGGCUGAUAGCGCGGAUGCUAAGGGUGUUGUUCAAAUUGAGGCUUCUAGGAAGGGGGGCAGUUGGGAUUUUAAGAAGGAUUGUAAUAGGAAGGAUAAUGGUGGGGAUAGUAAGAGGAAUGGCAGUUGGGAUCUUGCUAAGGGUAGUUUUAGAUGUGAAGAGGCAGGUGGGGAGGAGAGAGAAGAAGGAACAGAGUCUGGUCAGGAAGGGAUGGUCAUUUCGGACAUGGGUCAAAGCAAGGUAAGGGAAAAGGGAGUGUACGGGGAUGGUGGUGAUUUAAAGCAGAGACAUGAGUUGGUGUGGGAGGAAAUGCGGGAGGAAAUUCAGAAGGAAUUGCGAGAGGAUAUUGAGAAGGAGAGGGCGCGACUAUGGGAGGAGAUGCAGGCAGAUGUAAUGAACCAAUUGGAGAGCAGGAAACAGGAGCUGCUUGCUGACGUGGCGAGGAAAGUUGAUGCUGACGUGGCGGAGGAGUAUGAGAGGAUCAGGCAGCAACGGGCGGAGGAGAUUAGGCAACAGGGCGAGGUUGAAGCAGAGGUUAGGGAAUACCGAGCCAAGUUGAUAGCUUCGGUAGAAGAGGAGGAGACGCGUUUGCGAGAGAAUUUGAGGGAGAGUAAGGCUCGGGAAGUGGCUCGGGCCGAGCGUGAGGUUCGGCGGCUGCAGGAGGAACUGGAGGUUCGGGCGACCCAGGUGCUAGACUCGUUCCGAACCGACUUGCAGGUCCGGCUGGAAGGGGAGAAGCUGAAGCUGAGAAGAGAAGCAGUGCGAGCAUUAGAGCGAUGGAGAGAGGAACUUGAGAUGAAGGUUCAGAGGAAGGUCCAGGGCAUGAGGAUGGAACUACAAAUGAAGCUGGAAGCAACGAGAAGGGAGAUGGAGGUGGUAAUGAGAAAGAAAGUGGAGGAGGAGAGAGUGUGGCGACUGGAACGGCUGAGUCGGGAGUUGAGGGAGGAGGAGACCGAGCUGAGAAGAGGCUGGAAGGAGAGGAUGGAGAGAGAGAAGCAGAGGGUUCUGGGAGGUGGUGGGUCAAGGCGUUCGUUUGAUCUGACGGGAAAGUCAGCUCUGAUGGGGCUGGGGAGUGAGAGGAACGGGCAAGGCGUGGGGCUGAACUUGAGAGAGGAGGAACAGAGAGUGCUGGGGGGCGCACCAAGGCAUUCGUUUGACUUGACGGAAAAGUCGGCUCUGAUGCUGGGCGGGGUGAGGAAUGGACAAGGUGGGGGUUUGAACUUGAGAGAGGAUGAUCAGAUGAUGUUUGGAAACAUGAGGAGUCCGAGAAGGGUUGGAGGAGUGAUGGGGCAACAGCAGCAGCAGCAGCAGCGGCGGCGGCAGGUGGGGGAGGCAUAUGUAUGGGAUGGGUUUUUCGACAUGGACGAGCGCGAGAUCAUGUUGAAACAAGCCAGGCGGUUUGCAGCGGAGCAACGGCUGAAGGAGCGAGAGGGGGUGCUGGAGGCGGCUAGGGCGCUUCAAGCCCCACAUACUCCCCCACUCACCCCUUUCACUCCCCCUCUGCUUACCCGCAUCAUGUUGAAACAAACCAGGCGGUUUGCAGCGGAGCAGCGGCGGAGCUUGAAGGAGCGAGAGGCGGUGCUGGAGGCAGCUAGGAGGGACUGGAGGAGCCGUAUGGAGGCAGUUGAAGAGCUAUCGGAUCUGGAUGAGAAGAGGCGGAAGGUGCAGCACCUGAUGUUUAUCAAAGCCACGCUGGACCAGCACGAGAGGGAGUUGAAUGAUGAUGCCAGGAGCGUCAAGCAGCUGAGAAAGAGCUUAAUUGCCUUCUCCCGAAAUGCGGCUUCUGCUGGUAGUGGUGGCGGCGGCGGCGGCGGUGGCGGCGGUGGUGGUGGUGGUUUAAGUGGCAGUGGACUCUUAAGUGCCAGUGGUGGUCUAAAUACGGAGGAAGGGUUUUGGGCUGGGAGUAGGGGAGGGGGUAGGGAGCGAGUGGGCGGAGGGAUGGGAGGAGGGAUGGGAAGGGCGGUUGGUGGUAUUUCUGGAAAAUACUUAGGCAUCCCGCCAGGUGGCGGCGUGCGAUUGGACCAGAACCGCCCGUUGGUCAAUUUCCCGCCUAGUGCCAUCGUGUCCCCAGCCUCGUCGUUUGCUUCGAUAACGAACCAAGAAGGGAACCCGGACCUGAGCGACGUGAGCUACAACUCAGGUUCGGGGCUGAGAGUCCCUGCUGAAGCUUGUGCAGCGGGUGCAGCUGGUGCAGCGGGUGCAGCGGGUGCAGCGGGUGCUGGGGGUGCUGGGGGCUCUGGGCGCGUUUCGUCUCCCUUGUCCUCUCCUGUGAGACGAGAGAUUGGGAGGAGCAUGCUUGGUUUCGAGUCUCCUAAACGUGAUUCUCCCCUGCCUUCUCCUGUGCGGAAAGAGGUUGGAGGGAGCAUUUUUGGGGUGAAGGGUGAAGAGAGGAGGGUCGACGUGGGGAAGGGCACUACUGGUUUGACUGCUGCUGCUGCUGCUGCUGCUGCUGCUGCUGCUGCUGCUGCUGCUGCUGCUGCUACUGCUGGUGCUGGUGGUGGUGCCGUUGCUACUGGUGGUGCUGGUGCUCGUGCUGGUGGUGGUGGCGAUGCUGCUGGUGCUGGUAUUGGCAGCAGCCAAGGGAUUGGUCUGAAAGCGCAAGGGCGAAGUGUGGGGGCCGGAAAAGGUAGAGGGGAAGCAGGAGGGAGGGUGGAGGAAAGCGGAGCAAUGGCUGGAGAGGCAAAGAAGGCAAAGAACACCGCAAGAGGUGUUGCUGAUAACCCUCCACCGAGAAUGACAACAACUGUGAAGGAGGGGAGGCGGGGAGAGGGUGACGGGAAGUGGGGAGAAGGGGGGAGGCGGGGAGUGGGAGAGGGGAUGAAUGCAAGUGGCCAAGGAAAAAAUGCCACUGCUUCUAAAAGAGGGCCGGCUUUCGUUGGGAUGGCAGCAACAGCAGCAGCAGCAGCAGUGACAAGACCAAUGGAAGGCCAAUCAAUGCAGCAGUCAACCCAAAACGAGCCUACGUGA